UUUUAGCUGAUAAACCCUAGGAAACCUGAGUGGCUUAAAUCCCACUUGCUUAGCGAGGUAUUGACCUCAUCUCUUCACUACUUGUGUUCUAAAUUCUAGGGAGAUUCAUCACCUUGAAGUCAAUCCAUGGUUGCACUGGACGAGAAAGUUCCCUCUUCAUCGGAGGUUGAUGCAAUGGACAAAAGGCCCAAGAGGAAGAGACCAAAGAAAAAUCUUCCUUCAACGGCUGCUGAAGAAUCGGAACCUCAAAAUCCAAUGAAAGCUGAAGAAGAAGGGGAAGGAGAUGCUGAAGGUAAUGUAUCAGAGGAGAAAGUGAAAAAAGGUGAGAAGAUGAACAAGAAGAAGAGGAAGACGAAAAAGAAGGGCGAGUUGGAGGAGGAAGGACAUGAAACUGCUAAUGAUGGUGAGGGAGAGGAUGGCGUCGAUGGGAAAGUUGAGAAGGAUGAGGAGAAAGUAAACGAGAAAAAGAAGGUUAAGACUGGUGGCUCAGGAAUUAUGAGUACAGUUUCAUUUGAUUCGCUUGAAUUGUCGGAGAAAACUCUCCGGGCGAUUAAAGACAUUGGAUUUCAGCAUAUGACUCAGAUUCAAGCCAGAGCAAUUCCACCUUUUCUGACUGGCAAAGAUGUUCUUGGAGCCGCAAGGACUGGAUCCGGGAAAACCCUUGCCUUUCUUAUUCCAGCUGUUGAACUACUCCAUCACAUCAGCUUUACUCCUCGUAAUGGAACUGGUGUUAUCGUUAUUUGCCCAACACGGGAGCUUGCUAUGCAGACACAUGAUGUGGCAAAAGAGCUUCUCAAAUAUCAUUCACAGACACUUGGCCUUGUUACUGGUGGUUCUAGCCGACAAGCUGAGGCAGAUCGUAUUACAAAGGGGGUCAAUCUGUUAAUAGCAACCCCUGGUCGACUUCUUGACCAUCUUCAACAUACCAAGAAUUUUGUGUUUAAAAAUUUGAAGUGCCUCAUAAUUGAUGAAGCGGACAGGAUAUUGGAAACCAAUUUUGAGGAGGAAAUGAAACAGAUUAUAAAGCUCCUACCAAAGAAUAGACAGACUGCUUUAUUCUCAGCAACCCAAACUCAAAAGGUUGAAGAUCUUGUUCGCCUGUCUUUUCAGUCGACUCCUAUUUAUAUUGAUGUAGAUGAUGGAAGAACCAAGGUCACCAAUGAGGGGUUGCAACAAGGUUAUUGUGUUGUGCCCAGUGCUAAAAGAUUCGUUCUUCUAUAUUCCUUCUUGAAGAGAAAUUUAUCUAAGAAAAUUAUGGUCUUCUUCUCGUCUUGUAACUCUGUCAAAUUCCAUGCGGACCUUCUUAGAUACAUUAAGGUCGAUUGCAUGGAUAUUCAUGGAAAACAAAAGCAGCAGAAGAGAACUUCUACCUUCUUUGCCUUCAACAAGGCUGAGACGGGGAUCCUACUAUGUACUGAUGUUGCUGCACGUGGACUUGACAUCCCCGCUGUUGAUUGGAUUGUGCAGUAUGAUCCUCCAGAUGAACCCAAGGAAUAUAUUCACAGAGUUGGUCGAACAGCUCGAGGCGAAGGUAGCAAAGGAAAUGCCCUGCUUUUCUUGAUUCCUGAAGAGCUUCAAUUUCUUCGCUAUUUAAAGGAAGCAAAAGUUCCUGUCAAAGAGUAUGAGUUCAGUGAUAAGAAACUAGCCAACGUGCAAUCUCAUCUGGAAAAGCUGGUUGGGAGCAAUUAUUAUUUGAACAAGUCCGCUAAGGAAGCUUACAGAUCCUAUUUAUUAGCUUACAAUUCACACUCUAUGAAAGAUAUUUUCAACGUCCACCGCCUUGAUCUACAGGCGAUUGCUGCUUCAUUCUGCUUUUCCAACCCUCCAAAGGUCAACCUUAACAUCGACAGCAGUGCCUCGAAAUUCAGGAAGAAAACGCGCAAAGUAGAAGGGAGCAAAAACCGAUUCAGUGAGAGCAACCCUUAUGGGAGGAAGAAUGGCGAUGAGGAUGAGAGACAAUUUGUAAGAUACUAACUGUAACUGCUGUGAGUCACCAUUUCAUAGCUGAGGAAAUUAUUAUUCUGUCCUGAGUUCCAUUUAUUUGCUGAUGAUGUUCCUAAAAUAGUCUGGUAACCAGAUGCGAUUUUGUAUCCUAAUAUUCAUAGCCUAAGAAAAGUUUUGACGCUGGGACGGUGACUUGUUGAUUACAUUGUAAUGCAAAAUUUUGGAAACUGAAACCGAACCCGCGACUAUGAUUUCUCCGUAA